AUGGAUCACAUAUCAACACUUUGUGCGUUAAGCACUCUCGGAAUAGCUCCCACCGGCCUUGCGCUCGGUCGCGCCGAACGGACACAGAGGCCCAGCCUUUUUCGGCGGAAGACCCUCACUCAAGGUAUUCCUGGGCCGCUUCCUAUCAACACUGAGAAGACGGAAGAUGUCGCCCGGCCCAAGACCGCUAUCCCAUCUCGAAGUCCGGCCGCCGAGUGGCUUGCCGCAAAGGAAGAGGAAAGCUCUCAAGAAGGUCCGGGAUCCGAUCUGCGGAAAGCGCCCUUGUCUUUCAGCGGUGCAAGACGGCGCCGUCGAGGUCAAACUCUCACAAAUCCGCCUCUGCGAAUUCCAGAACAUGAGUCAACGGAUUCGUCGGUCGAAACGCAUGCCCGGCGGCCAUCCACCGGUUGGCUGCGGCGGCUGUCGAUGGCCUCGUUCCAACCUGAAACCCCUACCGCAGGUAGUCCAGUGGCGCCCUCGUUCAAUGGAUCGGAAACUCCAAUCUUUUCCCACUCGCCUCGUCAGCGAAGAUCUCCGAACAAAUUGAUUAAGCGCCCGACCUCGCAGCAUACAAAUGCGCACCCCCUCGGCGCGAACACCAUCUGUGGACCGUCGCCAGCUGCACUGCGCAGGCCUGCCACUAGCCACCAGCGAUCGGAGUCGAUGAUCCUCCGAACUCCUUUGACACCUGAUUUCGAUGCAUAUUUUCCGCAGGCGCCCGUCGAAGGUCCAGCGAUCGAAGAAUUCGAGCUUGAUAAGCAGAAGCAUUGGACACCGUUCUUCUUUCCCAAGGCUGGCAAGUUAGCAGAGAGGCUUUCGCGCCGAUUCUCGACCGCCACUGCCCCAAAGUUCCAGAGUGUACGCCAUAUUGUGUCUGACUAUCGCGCUCUUCCUGCGUUAGUUAUGGCUGAUGCGAUCUCACCCACGGCUUCUACACCGCGAGAAGACAGAUCAGUACCCCAGACCCCAAUUGAAUUCAGCAAUCCGUUCCAAACGGCCCCCUCUGAGGCUGCUCCCAAGCAGCAACUCGCCCCGGAAGAGCGAGCAGAGAAACCUAGCCAUAAACAGUCAUACUCGGUCAACGAUGUUGAGUCGAAAAUCGUCAUGGCAAACACAGUGACCGCGCAUGGGACACCGAUUAUGGGACUCGUUCGUGGUGGCUCUCUGAAGCGAGUAAAGGGCAGGACCUUCUCAGUCCCUCCUUCUGAACUCGCAAUGGAAGAAAAGAAUAUCGUUAUUCCGAGUCCCCCGGAGGCCGAGCCGCGGCGCAACAUUACUGAUCCAAGCGUGUUCCGCGCUCCGUAUCCCACUUCGCAGUCUGGCUGGGCUGAUUCAGCGUUGGAAAGACGGUCACAGGUUAAUCCCCGAUCGGUAUCGCAGGACUACAGCGUUGGCUUGGGAUCUCGCGCUGGUUCACGUCAAAUGACCUCUGAUGCAGUCGCCCUGUCGGCCUGGCAGCAGGCAUCUCGUCCCGGCGGUCGGGCUCAUGGUUCUCUCCGUCGCCGUCCCAAGGGAUUUUCAAUUUCAGGUUCCGAUCCGGCUUCCACCAUCAUUGGUUCUGAUGACACGCGGGUAUUCACAUCAUGCGAUGGGUAUGAGACGGACGUGAUGUCCGACUAUUGGGACUCUGUCCGCACACGUGAGACCAAUCGCAGUGGACUCAAGGGGCUGCGGAUUGAAACUAUGUUUGAUAAGGCAGGUACCAGCUUGGUGAAUGAAGAAGCGACGACCUUGGAGGCUCUCCUCCCUCGUGGUUCUUUCGCCGCACGGUCUUUAGACAAGGAUCGCCAAUUGUUCACUGAUCCGCUUCUGUCUUCCCCUCCUUUAGUUCAAAAGUCCACGAUUGAAAAUCCGUUUCAUGUUGACUUGUCUGACGAUGAUGGUCUCAGCAUGAUUGGAUCGCUUCCUGGCGAUGAUCGCGAUUUUUUUUCAUCUUCUUUGACACAUUCGUUGGCCAAGUUUGCUGAGCAGCCCGAGUCGCGUCGCGGUUCAGCUAAUAUGGCUGGAUCGUUUGUUGGCGAGUUGGAUUCGGAUAUCAACAGAAAGACAAACAUCUUUGAUUGGUCUGAGCAAGCACACCCCAACCGUGAAAGUUCAGACCUCGAGACGCGUCCUAGGACCAUGCAGGGAAAACAAGAGGGUGUUAAUAGAAGCAGUCGGGCUGUUUGCCGGAAAGCACCAUCAACCGUCCACCUUAGGAGCCAGAGUGUCCCAGUUGCCAGUGAACUUCCCAUCAACGAAUCGCGCCAAACUUCUGGCAAGUUUGGUACCUGGGGCUUAGGUAGUAAGGGUGUCAGUGAAGAUUGGGAUAGCGACUUUGACUUUGACGAGUCUGACGACACGCCUGUCGCUGAAAACAAACCACUUAUUCAGCCUGAUACCAAUCGCCAGAGCAUGACUGUUCCCAAGGCCAUUCUAGAGCGUCAAGCCAGUCUUCGUGGUCAAUUUGGACAGGUUCAAGAAUUAACUCUGCUCGUGGAGGAAUUGAAACGUCUUCGGCAUCAAGCAAACGUCCUAGGCAUUGUCAACGGGCCUUCCAGUGAACUGUGGGCAGAAGCAGAGCAGAUCGUGAACCUUGCUACCAUUGACGAUGAAGAGGAGCGUCAUUCGCCGCCAGGAUCUCCAUCGUCUCUCACGUUUAGUUUUGAUGAAUCUGAUGAUGACGGUCUCAAUGCGUCGUCUAAACGGAACAGCGAAGUUUCGUGGGACGUGCCCCGUGAAAAUAAUGAGUCCGCGCUACCCCUCGCUCAGCUUGCAAAGGACUCACCAAAGUCCAAUUCCGUACUUGAUAUUCUCCAGUCCGGUCGUGAUCAACAGAAGACUUCAGCUCCUACCGAGUUAGAAUUAGCGUCACGUGCAAAGAAACUCCCAUUUGAUACUUCCUCAUUGAAAAAUUUGGUUUCUCGUGCGGGUGUGGUGACGCGUUCGUUGAAGGAAGUUAUUCGCAAAGCAGACGGGGUAGCAACCAGCCCGCCAGACUUCCCUCAAGACCCCCCAUUCCGACGCAUUUUCGACAAACCAUCUCACGAUGAUAUGGCCAGCUUUGAGGCAGCCCUUGCUGACAUGUCAUAA